AUGUGUGCUACAAAAAAGACUCACUUAAUCAUUGUUCCAUGCCACUCUGUUUGGAAACAUGAUAUAAUUCACAAUAGUUCCAUUAACCUCGGUCACUUGGCAGAGCAUUGGUUCUUGGCUCCUUUUCAAUUUGAGGGAAACGAUCAUUUAGCAUUUAUCAAGCAUGGGCUGAAGGCUAUCCAAACAGCACUUCAUGCUAACUCCAAUGAGUCAAUCGUUGUUUUCAGUGGCUCACAAACAAAGAAACAGGCUCGCUGCAUGUCCGAGGCUCAAAGCUAUUACCUCUUAAUUCAUCGGCUCAUCUCAAAAUUUCAAGAUUAUGAAUUCAACAUACAAGAAGUAUUUGAGGAUGAGUUUAUUAUUGCUUGUUUGCAAGACAUUAUCAACACACUUUUCGAAAAGAAAUUAACAGUCGAUACGUUCUUCCUGAGCAGCGUCGCAACCGAAGAGUUUGCACUAGAUUCAUUCGAGAAUCUAUUGUUUUCCAUAUAUAGAUUCAGACAAUUAGCAAUGGAUUAUCCGAAGAAGAUUACAAUAGUAGGAUUUGGAUUCAAAGAGACCAGAUUUUUACAAUAUCAUGCCAAAGCAAUUGAUUACCCAAAACAAUGUAUAAAUUAUAUUGCCAUUGAUCCAGUUCCACCAAAUUAUACCGCAGAACAGUUAGAGGGGUACUAUAGUGAGUUGAAAGUGUUAGAGCAACGCAAUGCCAUCCAGCUAUUCGAAUUAGAUAUGUAUGGUACCAGAGAAGCUCUAUAUGGAAAAAAAUUAAGUAGGAAUCCGUUUAUGAGAUAUCCAGCAUAUCAAGAUGUGAGCCUUUUUGAUUUGAGUAAUAUUACUGGUGAGGAUGAAGAAUUUUUCAACAAAUAUAUAAAUGGAAUUAUGCCCUGGUCUGUUAAUCGUGUUCUACUAAAUGACAGCUAA